CACACUAUUGUGGCCUAGUCCUUAGUGUCUAACUUCACACAGGUUCAGACACCUGAGAUGGCGAACGACAACUGCGGUAAUAAACAAAACACAUUCGGAUCAGGCUAGUAGAGAGGCUGCGUACUGUUGUGUCAAAAUAACAGCACAUUGCAGAAUCGGAAAAACCGACCAUUUAUUUCACGGUUAAACCCCCCUGAAGAUCUUCAUAACCCCGUGUGUGAUUACAAAGGGGGCCGACGAGGUUCAAUUCCAAGCUGUUUUAGUUGAGUCUUCAGACUCGAUUUUUUUAAUGUGUCUUGAGUGAAAAUAAGGAAAACAUGACGGAGGUAAGGAAGAGAGGAGGAAAAGGAAGAGAUCCCGACAGCGUUAGUGACAAGGAGGCAGAUGGAGAGGACAGACUGGGUCUGCCUGGUGAGGCCGGAGGAGACGGCGAAUAUAAAGCAGACACCCCAUCCGUUCCUCCCUCCACAGCAGACAACACUCCACAGUUCCUCAAAGAGGCCGUGGAGGGCCUCAACCCCAGGUGGAAGAACUGCUGUAUACGAGGGGUUCUAUCCAUGGCCAUGAUAUCGGGAUUCUUCAUGAUGAUUUACCUGGGACCUAUCAUGCUCAUAGUAGUGGUGAUGACCAUCCAGAUCAAGUGUUUUCAGGAGAUCAUAGAUAUCGGCUACAGAGUCUACCAUUCCUACGAGCUGCCCUGGUUCAGGACACUCAGCUGGUACUUCCUGGUUUGUGUGAACUACUUCUUCUAUGGUGAGACAUUGGCGGAGUACUUUGGUGCGUUGGUGCAGAGAGAAGAACCGCUCCAGUUCCUGGUCCGAUACCAUAGAUUUAUCUCCUUCGCUGUCUACCUGGCAGGUUUCUGCAUGUUUGUUCUGAGUUUAGUGAAGAAGCAUUACCGCCUGCAGUUUUACAUGUUUGCGUGGACCCAUGUUACCCUACUGAUAGUGGUGACUCAGUCUCACUUGGUCAUCCAGAACCUGUUUGAAGGAAUGAUCUGGUUCCUUGUCCCUGUCUCCAUAGUGAUCUGCAAUGACAUCAUGGCCUACCUGUUUGGUUUCUUCUUUGGCAGGACACCACUCAUUAAGCUGUCUCCCAAGAAGACGUGGGAGGGAUUCAUAGGAGGGUUCUUUGGAACCCUGGUCUUUGGAUUCAUACUGGCAUACCUGCUAGCUCAGUUCCAGUACUUUGUCUGUCCCGUGGAAUACAACAGUGAGACCAACCGUUUCACUGCGGAGUGUGAACCCUCGGACAUUUUCGUGAUGCACGAGUACACAUUGCCCUUCACUGUCCAGAGCAUCCUCAGAUGGAAAACGGUGACCAUCUACCCAUACCAGAUCCACAGCGUGGCGCUCUCCACCUUCGGCUCUCUCAUUGGUCCUUUUGGAGGAUUCUUCGCCAGCGGAUUCAAACGAGCGUUCAAGAUUAAAGACUUUGCAGACACAAUCCCUGGUCACGGAGGCAUCAUGGAUCGCUUCGACUGUCAGUAUCUGAUGGCUACCUUCACUCAUGUUUACAUAGCCAGCUUCAUCAGGGGUCCCAACCCCAGCAAGGUGUUACAGCAGCUGUUGGUCCUGCAGCCAGAGCAGCAGCUCAGUAUCUUCAACGCCAUGAGAGACCGCCUGAGAGACAGGGGAAUACUGCCCCCUGCUGCCACGGAGGCGAUGUAGAACACACACGCAAGAGGGGGAGAGUGUGUGUGUGUGUGUGAGUGAGAGAGCGAGAGGAAGAGUUUGGCUGUGUGUGUGUGUGUCUGAGAGAGAGGAAGAGUUUGGCUGUGUGUGUGUGAGAGAGAGGAAGAGUUUGGCUGUGUGUGUGUGUGUGUCUGAGAGAGUGUCUUCGGCUGCUUGUGUGUGGCCUGCACCUUCUUCCAGACACUCAUCCCUCAUCUGCCCAGCGUCUGUUUGUUUUCUUUUCUUGUUUCUAACCAGUCAUUACUGUGAACUAAGAUGUUGCUCCCAGCAUCAAGGAGUUACCAAUAACAGCAGCCACAACAACACGUUCAGACUGUCAUAGCUACCACUGGGACCUGCAUGAGUACCUAACUACACAAACAAACUGCAUCAACCGACCGUUAUGCUACCAAGCUAACAGCAGCGUCAACCGACCGUUAUGCUAGCUAGCAGCAGCGUCAACCGACCGUUAUGCUACCAAGCUAACAGCAGCGUCAACCGACCGUUAUGCUACCAAGCUAGCAGCAGCAUCAACCGACCGUUAUGCUACCAAGCUAGCUAGCAGCAGCAUCAACCGACCGUUAUGCUACCAAGCAAACUACCAGCAGCAUCAACCGACCGUUAUGCUACCAAGCUAGCUAGCAGCAGCAUUAACCGACCGUUAUGCUACCAAGCUAGCUAGCAACAGCAUCAACCGACUGUUAUGCUACCAAGCUAGCUAACUUAAAGACUAAAGGCUGCGUUGCUCUGAACAGAAUGUCUUCCUAAACAAAAAUGGAUCCUAACUUAAGCACACAGAUCGGGGACAGUGGAUGACUGACUGACUUGACGGUUUCUCUACGGAUGUACGGAGAACAUUGCACUGAUUGAAGGAAGAAUCGUGGUAAAGCUUUUACAAUACAAGGCUAUCAGCGUAUCCUGGGUUAGUGUCUUGGUGUUGGAAGUGGUUUUAAAGCAACAACGGGGUUGUUGUAUUCACUAGACACCAAACGGAGGGGAAAACGGACUGAAAACAGGGACCUGGCCUGAAUUUGUCCAACAAGAAAAGCCUGUUUUUAACUUUCUGUUGCCCUUAGUGCUACGAUGUGAAAUACGACCCAGAGGACAAAAAAAUAAACGUGUUUUUGUAUGUCAGCUGCUCCAACAUGUUUUCAAGAUACUAAAUACACUUGACUUAGGCUUUGGCCGUUUAGUAUGAUCUAUCUAUCUGAGAUAAUGGUGUUCACUAAACUUAAUAUAGGACCUCUAAAUUUUUUUUUUUAUGAUAAAAAUGGAGAACAUGAAGCAUGUUUCUAAAUUAUAUUGUUCAUUACUGCUGAAAACAUUGUUUCCCCCCCCCCCCCCUCUAUGAACUUCUUUUAGGUUCUAGAUAUACCUAUUGUAGGUAUUGGCAAUUAACCUCAACCUUGAGAUAGAUGGAGCUUGUGUGUAACCUUGGACGUAAACAAACAAACGCAGUAACUAUAGCAACCAGCACACUGUUCUUAUUUCCAAUGUAUUACUGUACAUAGAAUAUAACAUAUAUAUAUUUAGCUGAACAAAGACCUAAUAUCAAAUCUGUGACUUGUCAAAAUAUACUAAUAUGGUAGCCCUAUUAUAAACACAACAAUUACAUGGGAUGUAAAUAAUAAUUUGAUAAUAUACCUAUAUAUACAUACAUUGAGUGUACAAAACAUUAAGAACACCUUCACUAAUAUUGAGUUGGACACCCCCUUUUGCCUUCAGAACAGCCUCAAUUCGUCAGGUUGUGGACUCUACAAGGUGUUGAAAGCGUUCCACAGGGAUGCUGGCCCCAAUGCUUCUCACAGUUGGGUCAAGUUGGCUUGUGGUCCUUUGGGUGGUGGACUGUUCUUGAUAAACACAGGAAACUGUUGAGCGUGAGAAAACCAGCAGCGUUGCAGUUCUUGACACAAACCGUCGCGCCUGGCACCUACUACCCUACCCCGUUCAAAGACACUUUGUAUGUGUGCCCCCCCCCCCCCCCCCCCAUUCACCCUCUGAAUGGCACACAUACACAAUCGAUGUCUCAUGGCUUAAACAUCCUUCUUUAACCCGUCUCCUCCCCUUUCAUCUACACUUAUUGAAGUGGAUUUAACAUCAAUAAGGGAUCAUAUCACCUGGAUCCUCCUGGUCAGUCUAUGUCAUGGAGAGAGAGAGAGCAGGUGUUCUUAGUGCGUUUUGUAUACUCGGUGUAUAUACACAUAAGUUGAACUGGUGUCUGCUGCUGUGGGGAACGUGUGGGGGUAACUUAAAACAUAUUUACUUGAGAUUGUGAGGAAAUAAUGUUGUACUUCCUUCCUGUCUAGCCUGUUUUAACCAAUGAGUUUAGUUCCACUGUAUCUGUCAUCCGGUGUCCAUUCCAACUCACUUGAGCUGAGCCACUCCCCACUCCCCAAUAUUCUACUUCUUACUAGACUCAAUGUUUUGUCAAACUGUGUAAAGAAGAAAAAUAUUUUUUUAGAAGUCUACUUAUUUGUUUGAAUUGCUCUUAACAAUUAUUUAAUUAUAAGGUAAUAUGCAAGUGGUAACAUUUGAUGUUAGGAUUACAGUGUGAGACUAAGUACAGUAGGGGUGUGUGUGUGUAUAAUACAUAUAACAUAUACUAUAUUCAGAAGAAUAGUUGUAUCUUUCAGCAAUAUUUGAUCUUUAAUAUGCAAGGGUUGAAUCUAUGAAAAUAAUAUGGAUGGGAUUUCUGUGUUGGGCUGGUAUUCAAUCAAACACACAGUACGGGAAAACACUGCACUGUGGGAGAAAAAAAAACAUUACUACUGUGCAAAACUUGAAAAACACUAUUUUAAGUCAUGUGAUUCAUAGACCAUGUUUACUGGGUGAAGAAAAAAUCUGAAAAUAAAACUCACUUUGAUUUGAAUGAGUUCA